UAAUUCUCUGAAAAUUAUCUCGUCGUGCUUGAAGACGGUGUCUACUAAUGCCAGCACCGUUGCUUCCACUGUCCGCUCUGCCGGUGCCUCGGUUGCUGCUUCGAUCUCCGCAGCUUCUUCCGAGGACGAGAAAGAUCAGAGGCAAGAAACAGUAACAUCCUCUGCGGCUCUGCCAGAGAAGAUCAUGUGCCACCAUAGCUGUUAAAAACGUCAUGUUCUAAUCAAAUAACGGAAGUAUUGAAAGACAAGUGUCUGGCAUCUUGUACAAAGAGAGCACAGACAGUGGUUCUUCCACCUCCUUAUCUUAUAUAAAGCAAGUUUAGGAACUGGAAGGCCAACUACCCACCACUCCACCUCGUCUGGUGCAUUAGACAAAGAGAUUCAUUCCCACGUUCCAUUAAAGUAAGUGGUUCUUCCACAUCUUUAUCAAUUUAAGUUCUUACUAAAAUCAAAGGCAUGUGAUUCAGGACUCUGACAUCGCUGGACAGAGAAGUUUUCAAAACCUGCUAAUCUGAAAAGGCAAGGAGAAUUUGAAGCCACAGAUAUUUCAUAAUUCAUGGAUCAAACCAAAAGUUUACUCUAAUUCAAUCUUCGGCCUGAAAAGUAGUGUACAGGGCCUAUGAGUGGAGGCUUUAAAAUAAGUUUUGUGCCCCAAUUGCAACUGUCCAGCAUAAACUUGCUAGCAACUAAGAGGAUGUCGGGAAUUGUCCUGGCAUGGAAUGAAAUAUGAUGUGAAGAAGUAUGUUGAGCAGUGCGAGAUAUGCCAAAGGAAUAAAACUGAAGCUCUGAACCCUGCCGGAUUACUACAUCCAUUGCCGAUUUCGGAGCAGAUAUGGGAGGAUUUAACAAUGGACUUCAUUGAGGGAUUGCCCAAAUCUAAGGGAUACAACUCCAUUAUGGUGGUGGUGGAUCGCCUGAGUAAAUACGCCCAUUUUAUCCAACUCAAACAUCCCUUUUCUGCAAAACAAGUAGCUGAGAUAUUCACUCAGGAAGUAAUAAGGCAUCAUGGAGUCCCUAAAUCAAUCAUCACAGAGCGGGACAAGAUCUUCCUUAAUAAUUUCUGGAAGGAACUUUUCUCCAUGAUGAGUACACUUUUGAAGAGGAGCACAACAUUCCAUCCACAGAUGGAUGGCCAAACGAAAAGAGUUAAUAGGUGUCUUGAGACUUAUUUACGUUGUUUUGUAAUGAACAACCCUCAAAAUGGAGCAAGUGGAUCCCAGGGGCGGAACUAUGGUACACCACCACCUUCCAUACAUCAAUCAACACUACCCCUUAUCAGGCAGUAUUUGGAAGGAAGGAACCACCGUUAUUAUCCUAUGGAGAGAAAAAAACUUCCAAUGACUUGGUGGAAGAAAAAUUAAUGGCUCGUGAUGCAGCAUUGACAGCCUUGAAGGAACACUUGGAGAUGGCCCCAAAUCACAUGAAAAAACAAGUCGAUCUCCAUCGAAGGGAAUUACAGUUUGAUAUCGGCAAUGAAGUCUUUUUGAAGUUAAGGCCCUAUCGGCAGAAAUCCUUGGCAUGAAAAAGGUGUGAAAAGCUAGCUCCAAAAUAUUAUGGGAGUCAAGAUUGGAUUGGUAACUUAUCGACUCGACCUUCCACCAGAGGCAAACAUACAUAGCGUCUUUCAUGUCCCUCAACUAAAGAAAAAGUUAGGACAAAACACUCAAGUUCAACACCAUGCCCCGGCUUUAACUGAGGAAUUCGAGUUACAACUGUCUCCCGAAGUGAUCCUUGGGGUUCGUUGGAAUGGGGAGUUAGCUUUGGAGGAAUGGUUAGUCUUUGGCAAGGGUUGCCAGAGAGUGAUGCUACUUGGGAACCAGUGCAAGCUAUAAUGGAACAAUUUCCUGAUUUCCACUUUGAGGACAAGGUGCACUCCGAGGCAGGCAGUAUUGUUAGACCCCAAAUCAUCAGUACUUAUAAAAGGAGUGAAAAGGGGAUAUUACCUAGGAUAGUGGGUGAGGGAAAAGAAUAUAUGGGUGAAAAAGAGGCAUAAUCAGGAAAGGGACUCAUAACCGUUUAGGAAGGCAGAGGGGAGACCACCUAAAUAGCAGGGCAGCAAAGGGCAGUGAGGAUGGGUUUUUGGAAUGUCCUGAAGGAGCUUCUGAAAUGGGAGAGAACGCAGCCCUCUCGAAUUGGCUGGUAACUUGGGCUGGUUUUGACAUUCUGGAAGUUGAACCAUAUGUCAUAAGGCACGUUCUCUUACUUGGUUAUCUGAAUGGAUUUCAAGUACUUGACGUGGAGGAUGCUUCUAACUUCAAAGAACUAGUUUCAAAGCGUGGUGGCCCUGUUUCCUUCUUACAGAUUCAUCCUUCUCCAGCAAAGCCUGAUACUCCUCCAGCAAAGACGGAUGGUCAUGAUGUGCUCAGAAGAUCACACCCUUUAUUGUUGAUUGUUGCAGGAGAAGAAAGCAAAGAUGUAGCUGUGGGACAAAACCAUAAUCCUACGGGUGUCCACCCAGGAAGUUGUGCCAACUCUCACAAUGCUGUUCAGUUUUACUCCCUUAAGUCUCAAUCUUAUGUGCAUGUUUUGAGAUUCAGAUCUGCCGUUUGUAUGGUUAGAUGCAGUUCUCAGAUAGUAGCUGUGGGCCUGGCUACACAAAUAUAUUGCUUCGAUGCAAUCACCCUUGAGGUUGUAUUUAGUGUUUUGACCUCUCCAGUUCCUGAGAUAUCAGGACAUGGAACCACUGGAAUUAAUGUUGGUUAUGGUCCCAUGGCUGUGGGUCCAAGGUGGCUAGCAUAUCCUGCUGUUGGCCCACUACCAUCGACCACUGUUCCAUUAAGUUCACAAAGCCCAUGCCUCUCUCCAGGUGUUAAUCCCUCAUCAUUGCCAGGCAGUGAUAGGACAAAGGCUCAUUUUGCAGUGAAGUCUGGAUGGAAAGCUGGAAGUCAUUCAGGAAUGGGAGCAGAUUAUCCUGGGAUGGUUGCUGUUAAAGAUUUUGUUACCCGGGCUAUUAUAACUCAGUUUAGAGCUCACACCAGCCCAUUGUCUGCACUAUGUUUUGAUCCUAGUGGGACACUUCUAGUGACUGCAUCAAUAUAUGGGAAUAACAUCAAUAUCUUCCGAAUCAUACCGAAUUCACGCAGUGGAUCAAGUGGUCUAAGCUUUGACUGCAGCUCUUCUCAUGUCCAUCUUUACAAACUGCACCGUGGAAUAACAUCAGCUAUGAUCCAGGAUAUUUGCUUUAGUAACUACAGUCAAUGGGUGGCAAUUGUUUCAUCCAAGGGGACGUGUCAUGUUUUUCUCUUAUCCCCUUUUGGCGGUGAAGCUGGAUUCAGAAUCCUUAAUUCUCAGGGUGGAGAACCCCGUCUGCUUCCAGUUCUAACUUUACCCUGGUGGUCCACGUCAUCACUCAUGAUAAAUCAGCAAUCUUUUCCACCCCCACCACCUGUUACUCUUUCUGUCGUGAGCAGAAUUAAAUACAGUAGCUUUGGAUGGCUAAAUACUGUAAACAAUUCAGCUGGUUCAGGAAAAGGUUUUGUGCCUUCUGGUGCUGUUGCUGCUAUUUUUCAUAAUACGCUCUCUCACAAUAUUCAGCAUGUAAACUCAAAGCCCAAUUCCCUGGAGCAUCUGUUGGUUUAUACUCCUUCAGGUCAUGUAGUUCAGCAUGAACUUCUGCCUUCUUUUGGUGCUGAACCAAGUCUCCACAGUUCUAGAACCGAAUCAAGUUCUUUUUUACAUAUGCAGGAAGAUGAUCUUAAAUUAAAAGUUGAGCCUAUUCAGUGGUGGGAUGCGUGUAGAAGAUCUGAUUAUUCAGAAAGAGGAGAGUGCAUCUAUGACUCCACCUUUGAUGGGCAAGAUGUAGCCAAAACCAAAACCAAAACCAUUCAGAAUGAAAGAAUAGAUACCGAGGAAACAUAUGAUUUGGAUUUCCAGGAAAUGAAUGAUGGUUCUAGUGCAGAAAAGGUUCUUAGAGUCCAAGGUCAAUAUGGUAUAUCUCAUGAGCAAUCCCACUGGUUUCUAUCGAAUGCAGAAGUACAAAUGAGCUCCGGAAGGCUACCAAUUUGGCAGAACUCCAAGAUUUAUGUUAUGAGUUCUCCAAGAAUCAAUAGUAUAGCUGGUGGAGAGUUUGAAAUCGAAAAAGUCCCUGUUCAAGAAAUUGAAGUUAGGGAGAAGGAACUGUUACCUUGUUUUGACCACUGCCUCAACCUCGAUUCUGGCUGCAAUGACAGAGGCCUUCUUUUGGGAAGAUGCAUCAGUCCUACUUCUUCCGAGACGUACCAGUCUGAGGUCAAAGUCGCUGAAGAAAUUGUUGUUAUUUGUCACUCCAAACCGGCAUCACUUAGCUCCACAGAGAGCUCAGAUGGGGGUUCAUCAAGAAGGAUGGAAAAUUUUAUUGAUUUUGAUCAAGCAAGCUGCGAGAAGGCUUGUACUCUUUGUCAGCAUCUAAAUGAAAUGUAUUGGGAAAAAAGAGCUAGCGAGUCUUGCACAACACCAAGAUCCUCAAAUAUUCUAUCUACUAAAGUCGAAUGUUCGAGGAUCGAUGGUUCCCCUUGUGAUUUACACUUCUCAAACAGCGAUUUUGAUUUCCCUUCCAUCGAACAAGUUUCUUCCAAAAGACCGCCUUUCAACAAAGUUACUUUUGAACACAUUUGCCAGGAGGAACCCUGCAAGGCAUUGGAUGGUACUGAUGGUUGCCACGAUAUAAAUGAUAUUUCGACUGAUCAUGCCCGAUCCCAACCGUAAUAGCGAUGUCGAGUAUGAAAACGUAUGUAGCGAUGAGAAUGACAAAAUAUUUGGUGACAUGUUCACAUCUUCUAAAGAAGGCUGAUAUAAUGAUAAAACUUGUAGAUCUUAUUGUGGUCAAAGGGUGCUAAAUAAAAUAUCAUACCCAGCCACAUCUACUAAAGUAUGUGAAUCUCUCUCUCUCUCUUGUAUAGAUCUUUGUGAAUAAAAUUUCUGAAAUAUGUGAAAGGUUUCAUCCUUUAAUGGUGGUUUUUAUAACUGUUUUUGGUGAAAUAAUAUGAAAAUAUGUACAUACUUGUAAAGUGUUUGGCUUGGAAAAUUACACUGUAAACUAUUUGUAAGAGAAUUCCCAAAGGUGUAUAAAAGUUGCUUCUAUCCUUGGAAAGGAAUGUAUUUUAAUAA